AAAGGGGUUUUUACUGGAGGUUUCUUCCUGUCAGCGACACAUGUAGAACAAGCAGCUAACGGGACCGGAGAGCGGACCGGAGGACGGUCAAUAACAGCCUCGGCAUUUCUUUUUCGCCAAAAACAACACGCACUUCUCUGUCUGAGGAAAUUACGGCAUGCGUAGAUGUGUAAUUACGUCUUGCAAUGGACUCCUUUUGUUUCAGCGAAACAAACAGCACUAAAGCGGCAACAGUAAAACGGGAACCGUCCAGUGGAAAUACUAUCUGAUAACUCCAUUUGCUCGGUGCUCCGCUUGUUGCCAGUGAACACCCGAGCUCGAGCCCGAGCCCUCGCUUGAGGUUCGCUGUCGCGCGGAGCUGGAGGCCGACCGCGCGCGACACUGUGUCCGCAUUCUACCUGUACUUUGUGGGACUGUUGUAGCCUACCUGUUCACCCGCCUGCGCCUCGACCCGGUAACUUUACAGCCAUUACACUUAAAAGAGAUAGACGAGGGACAAUGGUGAAUCCCGGAGGCAGCAGUCAGCCACCGCCGGUGGGCACAGGAUCUCUGUCCUGGAAGCGGUGCGCAGGCUGCGGGGGCAAAAUCGCAGACCGCUUCCUCCUUUACACCAUGGACAGCUACUGGCACAGCCGAUGCCUCAAGUGCUCCUGCUGCCAGGCCCAACUGGGUGAAAUCGGCACGUCGUGCUACACAAAAAGCGGCAUGAUCCUCUGCAGAAACGACUACAUCAGAUUAUUCGGAAACAGUGGAGCCUGCAGCGCUUGUGGUCAGUCCAUUCCAGCCAGUGAACUGGUGAUGAGGGCACAGGGCAACGUAUACCAUCUCAAGUGUUUCACAUGUUCCACCUGCCGGAACCGGCUCGUCCCCGGGGAUCGGUUCCACUACAUCAACGGCAGCCUGUUCUGCGAACACGACAGACCCACAGCACUCAUCAACGGCCAUUUGAGUUCACUGCAGACGAACCCACUACUGCCCGACCAGAAGGUGUGUUAGGCAGGAAGAGGCGGCGCAGGAAGCAGGAUGUGUGCCUUCAUUUUAGCCCUUACUCAUUGUCACCCGAGACGGCGUGGAUCAGCAGCACCCCAGCCUUUAGCUGUGCUCCCAGGCCCUUUGCCCUAAAGGAAUCCUCUACCCAUCUUACCAAGUAACCUGACUUUAAUUUCUGCAACCCGUGCCCAACGCUCAGCCUUCAACCUUGGCUUUUCCCCAAAUAUGGGUGGAUACUUGCACUUAACGCACCUGAAUCGGGACACUGAGGACUCCAUGACCUUGGAAUUAAGAAAAAAGAAAAGAAAAAGAACAAGCGAUCAGAAUCCAAGGGGACUCUUCAGGAAGAGAAAAUGAAAUGACACAGAGGAUGUUGUGACUGAAGUGAGGGAAAGAGAAACAGACUAAUGAGGUUAAAGAGAUGCAGACUUUUCAACUCUGCAUAUUUGUUUAAAGACAUUUUGGGGGGAAAACCGGGACCUUUUCAUUUUUCCUCUCUUCCUUUUCUUAUCCUCAUUUCCCAACAACAUGGUGUUUCCACUUUCUAUAUUUUAAGUGUUGUCAAAGGGGAAUGUGUUCUUUUUUUCUUUGGUGGUAUAUAUCAAUAUAAAAAUGGGGAUUAAAAAAAACUGUGGCUUUUUGUGGAAAACAAAUCAUGAACACUCUCUUGGUGUAUUUGUAAAACUACCAUGUAUGUACAGUAUGCAUGUAAAUGUCGUUGUCCAGGCGUGGCUACAGUACAUCUGACCCUCCGCACUCAGCUCUAGUCCUCCCCUCCCCCCUCCAAACCUGAACCCAUGGAAAA